GUGCGCCUCAUAAAUACGGCCACUUCAUGAAGACGGCCCCAGUGAGUUCCAUGGCGAGCAACAUCGGUGGGAGGACCAUCCAUAACUUCAGCAUGCUCGGAAUCUGCGUCACCGCGAGAGUCCAGUCUGGCGGAAAGAAGAACCUGGAGUUGUCAGCGAACUUGCUGCACGCGAAAAUCCAAG